ACAACAGUCAUAAAUACAUGUCAGUUGCCAAGCGCCCAAAUUUUGAUCAUGUGACCCUGGGGAUGCUGCAAUGACUGUAAGUGUACAAAACUAUCCGAAAAGUCAUAAUUUCAGUACUGUUAUAACUCUGUUCACUAAAUGAAUAGUUUUAAGUUGAGGACUACCUGUAUCUGUAAUGAUUAAAGUGCUUUGUAUAAUUGCAGAAUAUAAGUAAGGGAGGAAUAACUUUUUAAUGUAUUCAGGGGAACAAAAAGGAUAAAAUUUGUCUUCUAAUCUACCGGUCACUAUUGGUUACUUCAUUGGGUUAUGUUAUAGUGACUAAUUAUUUCAUUGCUGUGCACUUUUAGCUCCUAUGCAGCCCUGUCAGAAAACAGAGGGUUCUAUGCUGCAGCAACCAUGCUUUCUUCUCCCAGUACGGAGGAACUAUCACAGGACCAGGGAGAUCGGGCAUCACUUGAUGCAGCAGAUAGUGGCCGAGGCAGUUGGACUUCUUGCUCAAGUGGUUCCCAUGACAACAUACAGACAAUACAACAUCAGCGAAGUUGGGAAACUCUGCCUUUUGGACAUGUUCAUUUCGAUAAUUCAGGCGAUGUGACAGGACUGUGGGCCUCAGGCAGUCACAUGGACCCAUUGAUGUUCUCCGAUCAAGGCACAAAGUAUGGCAGGCAGAGUCAAGGUAGGGAGGGCCUUGAUCAAGCACAGUCCAGAGCAAGCUGGGCAUCCUCCACAGGAUACUGGGGAGAGGACUCUGAAGGUGAUACAGGUACCAUAAAACGGAGGGGUGGGAAAGAUGUGUCAAUUGAAGCUGAAUCCAGUAGCAUAACAUCUAUAACAACAGAGGAUUCAAAGCCGGUUCCUAUGCCAGCUCAUAUAGCUAUGCCAACAAGUAAUACAAAGGGUCUUAUUGCUCGAAAAGAGGGUCGCUAUCGUGAACCACCACCAACCCCUCCGGGUUAUGUAGGAAUACCUAUUGAUUUUGCAGAAGGAAUUUCUCAUCCAGCCCGAAAACCUCCAGAUUACAACGUAGCACUUCAGAGGUCUAGGAUGGUGGCACGGUCUAAUGAAGCUCCUGGGACUUCAGCUUCAGCUUCACAGCAGCAAUCACAGGGUCAUUCCUCUAUCAGGCCUGUUAACAAACCUCAGUGGCAUAAACCAAACGAGUCAGACCCACAUCUUGCUCAUUAUCAAUCUCAAGGGUUUUCCACAGAGGAGGAUGAAGAUGAGCAAGUCUCUGCCGUCUAAGAAUUGGAGCUUUCGGGAUUACAAGUAAGCCAACUUUAAGGAGAGCACAAGAUGACAUCCCUAAUAUAGGAGCCUUGGAACAUUAAUUAAAGGAUGGUGGACCUGUGCCUCCUUCCCUGCCUUAAAGCAGCAUGGGCUUCUUCUCCCCUUCUUCCCUCUACCCUUCUCCCCUUGCAUGUGAAAUACUGUGAAGAAAUUGCCCUGGCACUUUUCAAACUGUGUUGCUUGAAAUGCGCAGUGCAGCAUUCUCUCAGCUAUCACUGUCGCUGUCUACCACAUCACACAGUAUCAUUCCAAAUUCCAAGAUCAACUCAUAACUCUUGGCUGCACUCUCCCAUGCCUGGAAGCAUUUUAAAUUCUUUUUCCUAUCUUAAUCAUGAUCCUAGCACUUCACUUGAUUGUGAUGAAGAGAUCAACUAGUGGACAAAUGCAUUUGGCCUUUAUUAAGAAAGAAAUGUAUUGAAAUCCUUCAAGUACACAGUGCUUGUUUCUUGUUUACAAUGCCUUUGUUGCUACUCUAUAUAUAUAUAUAUAUUGUAUUUGGAGAGGGAUAAAAGGUUAUACCUGCAUUAACUACAGUAUUAUUUAGUAUUAUUUAAGAAAGUUUGCUAGCCUAGACUACUUUUUUUUUGUUUAAAGCGAUGAUGUGGUUAGCUAAAAAUGGCACGGUUUAUAGGAAGGAUUCAGCCUUUCAAGCUUCGUUUUUAGUGUUCCACUCAAAGCACAGUUGAUUAAUUUCAGAAUUGCUGGUUUUGUUGCUUUGCAUCUCUAAUGAUGUGGUUCUAUCUUGCAAAUAAUCUGUGAAGAAAGUUAGUGUCCUUUUCCUGUGCCUUAAGGAAUACAGGAUGGUGAAGAAAAAUAUUUGUCCUCAAUUGUCAAAUGGCAAUAUCAUCUUUUGCUGAAAAUAGUUACACGAUUUUUUCCAUCCUCCUCCUUUUACUAAGUAAUGGGCUUUUGUCAGACAGAAAUAAUCAGGGUAAAUGUAUUAAGGAAAUUCAGCACACACCGCAACCAGUGCCAACCCUUAAUACUAAUCUCAAAUUGUGUUGCUAUUGGCUUGGCAUUAAAAAAAUAGUGAACCUUUUGAAGAAAGUAGGUGUUGCUCAGCAAGCUUUUGCAGUGAACAAUUAUUCACGAUUGUCUUUUACAGAACAUUGCAUAUAUAGAGGAGGCAAGUGGGUAUCAAUCGCCUGCUUACAGCUGCUAUGAACCUUUUAGUGUUGGAAAUGAAACUACACCCCCUUUCUAUUUUCUGUUGUUCUUUUUGGUUUUGCACAGACUCCAGAAAAGUGAAGGCUGCCAAUCUGAGUAGUACUCAAAUGUGAGGAACUGCUGUUCUUGGAUUUUUUUUUUCAUUAAAUUCAGCUGAUCAUAUUGAUCAGUAGAUAAAAGUAAAUAGUAUCAACUUAUAAAGAUCAAUUUACAGUGGUUUUUCACUGUAUUGAACAAUGUCAGUGCUUUAUUUAAUCUCUUUCUCCUAUAAUCAUAGCUUUUCUCUAUUUGCUUAUAUAUCACAUUGUCAAUUAUGCAUUUGUAAUUUUACAUGUAAUAUGCAUUUGCCAGUUUCAUUAUAUAGGCUAUGGACCUCAUGUGCAUAUAGCAAAACAGAACAAACCUAGCUGUCUCACAAGUUGCACAAAUGUUAUAUAGGAAUUAAGUAAUUGUAGACCAUAGGACUGCUAAUCUCAGUUCACUCUGUGAUGUCAAGUGCAGAAUGUAUGACUUACUGGUGAUUUCCUCAUACUUUUGAUACUACUUGUACCUGUAUGUCUUUUAGAAAGACAUUGGUGGAGUCUGUAUCCCUUUUGUAUUUUUAAUACAAUAAUUGUACAUAUUGGUUAUAUAUUUUUGUUGAAAAUGGUAGAAAUGUACUAUGUUUAUGCUUCUAUCCAGUUUGUAUGAAGCUGGAAUAUAAAUAAAUAUAAUGUUAAUGAUG